AGAAUUGACGAAUUGAGUGUUUGACUUCGUAACCAGAGGAAGGGGAUAUGCGUUUCUGUACGGCAGUCAGAUAAACAGAUAGCCACACCAAAUUGAGAAGUGCACUUUGUGCAAAACUGAUUGUGAAUACCACAAAACAAAUUGCGAAGUGAACUCUGUUCGAAACCGAUUGAGAAACACCAACUCAGAUCGACUUGACGAUGGGUUUCUUCAACAGUCCAGUCGCCUUCGGCUUCUGUCUGACCCUCUUCCUCGUGUUCCAAGUGAGCGUGGGGGUCUACAUCGCUGGAGCCCUGACGACUAUCGAGAAGCAAUACCGGCUCACAUCCUCGGUGUCCGGUAUCAUCAUCUCCGUCAGUGAUUUCGCUAGUCUGGUCUCCAUCAUGUUGGUGACCUACCUAGGGCAGCAUAGCCACCGGCCCCGCAUCAUCGGGGUCCUGGGUCUCAUGACCGGGCUAGGAGGGAUCCUGAGCGGGGUGCCGCACUUCUUGUACCCGGCGUACAGGGAGGGGGAGGUGUUCACUGGUGCCGCUGCUCAGAAUAGCAGCGGUGCAACUAACCCUGUUUUCGUGUGCGACGCCUCGAGAGAAGAAGCAACAUGCACGGCUGAUGAAAUCGGGAACUCUGGCUCCAGGAUCGAGGAGAUGUGGGCCCUCCUACUCGGCCAAGCCCUGAUGGGAUUCGCUUAUGGACCCCUCUUCCCCCUGGCUAUCACUUACAUUGACGAUCAGGUCAGAGGUACAACCACACCCUACUACAUAGGUGUGUUCUUGUCUGCCGGUACGACCGCACCGCUCAUCGGCUUCGCCCAGAACUUUGGCUUCCUGCAACUGUUCGUCAACUGGCCGGAGAAAUUCGACUUCAUGAGACAGUGGAUCGGGGCGUGGUGGAUUGGGUUCAUUCUAGACGGCGCCCUCAUCCUUCUGAUCUCAUUACCAUUCUUCUUCUUCCCGAAGGAGAUGAAUCUGGAUAUUGAUGAGAGUGAUAUACCUGAGGAGAAAAAGAGGAAAGAGGGACAGGAGAUUAGAGGAGUUGGGGUUAAAGAUUUCAUCUCUUCAGCUAAGCGCAUCUUUACCAACUUCGUGUGGGCGAUGAUCACGCUUGCAACAUGUUCGGAGCUCGCGGUGUCUGCUUGCUUCGGGUUCUUCAUGCCCAAGUUCAUCGAAAUACAGUACAACAUAGCACCGGCACUCUCAGCUUUAUUAGUGGGUAUCAUCAUCAUGCCCGCCGCCCUAAUCGGCAAUCUCUCCAGCGGUGUUAUUGUCAAGAAACUCAAGCUCGACUCACGAGGUUGUAUCUGGCUGCUCGUGUUUCUACAAUCAGUUGGUUCCAUCUUCAUGCCCGUCGUUUACUUCCUGUCUUGCCCGGACACCAUCUACGCGGGUGUAGGCGAGAAUGGCAUGAUAGAAACGACCAACGAUUGCAACCUAGAUUGCGAAUGCUCUAGCGGCAGGUACGAGCCAGUGUGUGGAUACGAUAAACUGACGUAUGCUACGCCGUGCUUCGCUGCCUGCGUCGGGAAAGCCGAAAACCAGACAGCCGAUCCAAUGGUCAACACAACGUACUAUACCGGGUGUGAGUGCAGUGCAGGGAGUAUUGAUGAGGACUAUGCCCGGGAGAGCACACAGGGAGCAUGUAUUGAGCCAUGCAACAUGCUUUACUAUGCUAUGGGGGUCUUAUUUGUCAAUGUUUUACUCGGCUCAUGUUCUAAGAACCCGUUGCUGAUCGUUAACAUGAGGUGUGUCGACGAUGCAGACAAAACGUUCGCUCUUGGAGUGGCAUCUUUAAUCGGCCGGGCAGCAGGUUUUUUGCCAGCACCGUUGUACAUCGGAGCCCUCAUAUCUAGUACAUGUAUACUGCAGCGUAUUGAAUGCGGCGUGACUGGAGAUUGCCUCGUCUACAACUCUCAGCAGUUUCGACUGAUAUUCUUGGCUGUUCUAUUCGGUCUUAGUUUGUUUUCUCUGAUGUGUUUCAUCUUUGCCACCAUCAAGACAGAGAUGGAUGUCAAAACUAUAAAGAGAGAAAAACGAGAUGGGGGAUUAAUAAAGAAUGGACUGGAUGUGAAGCAGAUUGAAGGAGCAGAUAACAAGGGAUAUGACAUGGAUAUGGAAGUCGGUACACAGACCAAUCUUACGGCAUUCUGAUCCAGAAAACAUUCAACCGAAGAGAGUAGGCUCCAUUUGGGUAACAAACACAAACACGCACUGGACACGUUUCGGUAAUAAACUCAGCACACAAAUUUGCCUCGAAAGUGCGUGGUUUUCCUUUUACUUUGCGAACUAACACGGUCGGCCAUUU